GUGGGCCCAAUAUGAAUGAAAUCAUCGUUUAUUCAGUUUCACCUGCUGAACUAACCUGAAAAGUCAAGGGUUUAUAGCGAUUCUACUGUUUUCCAAUUAACGAAUUUCAAUUUCUAAUUUUUUUGAUUACUCGUAGCGAUUAUUUGGUUUCUAUGGAGGAAGAUUCUCGUACCAGUAGCAGCAAUACCAGCCAUUUGCUCGGAUCAGUUCCAGCUGUCAUUGUUGAUCAAAAGAAUGCUUCAAACAAUCAAGUCCCUUAUGCAAAUAUGCAAACAUUCCCUCCCAAUAGUGGAGGCGGAGGCGGUGGUGGACAACAGGGAUAUCAAACUCUUGGAACUCCAACUGAUGCUUUUGGGCAACAGCCAGCUAAUAACUGGCAGGGAUUCUUUAGUGUCUCAUCGUACACACAGUAUUUCAACGUGGAUACAGACGUUGUCGUGAACAGAUUGAUAAGCUCCUUGAAUCCAGUCGGUGAUGACUUUUUUGCCAAGAUAGAUGCUAACCCUGAUCUGUAUGGGCUUAUAUGGAUCUCAACAACAUUGGUUUUUGUACUUGCCUUACUUGGAAAUUUUGCAACAUACCUAAUGGAAAAACAUACAAAUAACAGAACAUCAUGGAGCUUUGAUGUUAGCUAUGUGAAUACGGCGGCAUGGUCUAUAUAUGGCUAUGUGAUAGUGGUCCCGUUGGCAUACUACUUUUUCCUUCAGUAUAUGGGUUCAAAUGCUAACCUUGUACGGUUUUGGUGCUUGUGGGGGUAUUCCCUCACCAUUUUCAUCUUGUCUUCUUUUCUAUUGCUUAUUCCAGUUGAGAUUCUUCGGUGGAUCAUAAUAAUCCUUACCGGUGGUGCCUCAGCUAGCUUCGUUUCUUUGAACAAUUAUGCCAUAUUCAAAACCCAAUAAUCCUCUCCAACCCAUGUUGCUGAAUCAAAAAUCUCUUUCUUCUUUAAAGAAAAUUGGAUGUAGGAAGAAAAUUGUACGUGCUUUUAGUACUUUACACACGCGUGUGGCUUUUAUACCCGCACUUGGUUGGCAGUGGCAAUGGCUACUAUUAACUGACUAGUACUAGUUCUUUGUCAUCUUGACGUAAGCCAAUACGUACCUGUGUUCUUUUUUGUACUCUGAACUUGACAUGUAUGCAUCAUGGAUGGUCAUGAUUUUAUUUUAUUUUUUUUAAGAUUAUUUUGGUAGUACAUGAUAAA